UCACCCCCUAACCAGCACCGUGGGUGUGUUUUUACCUGAUGUUUGGAGGUUUUGCCAUCCUGGGGCUGCUCUGCCAGACUGGCACGAUCUGCAACCCACAGUUUGGGGGCAAUAAUGACAACUUUAAUCACUGUAAACUCGGGGGAACAAAAAUCCUUCAGGACAGCUCGAGGAAGGGGAGAGGAAUUGUUCUGUGUGCUGUGGAAUCUGAGGAGAGGCUUCUCCCUCCCUCGGUGAUGAUGUUAGAAUGGGUAGUUUGAGUUUUUUGUGUUUGAUCUCUGGCACUUUCUCUGUAUGAAUAUUGUUAGGGCAGGCUUGCUUUCAGACUGCUGAUCAGUGUGAAAGGAAGGGUUGGUGUCUGCUGAGUGGGCAAAUAAACAUUUUAAUUUUGUAGGUUGGGUGAUGUCAAGUGUUGCUUUUUACACCAUGUGUUAUAUACUCAGGAAAUGGUGUCUUGGUCAAACGAGGAAUGUCGGGGUUUGACCAAGGCAGGAGUCCCUGGUUUUGGGGUGGGGAGGCCCUGGCACAGGUUGCCCAGAGAAGCUGUGGCUGCCCCAUCCCUGGGAGUGUCCAAGGCUGGGUUUGAGCAGCCUGGGCUAGUGGAAGGUGUCCCUGCCCAUGGGAAGGGAACUGGGUGACCUCUAAGUUCCCUCCCAACCCAAAACGUUCUGCGAUCCCGUGAUUUUUGUCCCUUUAAAAGGUUUUAUUUCUUUGCUCUCUCCAUUAAGUGUGAUGUAUUUCAGUCAAUAUUUACCUGCCCAAACCUUUCCCUCAGUAGACAGUGAUGUUCCUCAGAACACUGAUGGCACCCAAACCUUUCCAUCAGUAGAUAGGGAUGUUCCUCAGAACACUGGUGGCACCCAAACCCUCCCCAGGCAGGUGUGGCUCAGGUGAGGGCACCCUGAGCUUCCUCAUUCCUCGUGUGUGGUGUAAAAGGUGCCCUGCAGAGCUGAGUUCAGCUGAAACCCUGCCUGGGCUGUGCUUCCUCACCUGGCUGGGGGGGAGCAGCUCCUCCCAGGGGCUGGCCCAGGACAAGGGAUAUAAAGCAGGGACAGGAGCCCUGGGCUGCAGAGCCUGUGGGUGACACGUGCCAGGGAAAAGCUGCCUGGGCAGGAGAGCUGGGGAGCAAAGGUGCUGAACUGAGGCACUGCUGGAGGACCAAACUGUAAAUUGCCUUUUCUUACCGCACCCGAGGUUUUCUUGGAUCUUCUAAAAACAAGCAAAACCUUUUUUGUUUUGUUUUGUUUUGUUUUUUCUCUGGUGUAAUCAAUAAUAUUGUUAAACUCCCUUCACUGGGAGGGAUUUGUUAACAGAAAAUUAAGUACAGGCAGAAGUCAGUGAAGGUCUUGGUGUGUCUCUCAAUAUGACCAUCAGCACCAGAGCUUGCAAACCUGCUUUCUGAAGGCUGUUACGAGGAACUGAAUGAAGACUCAGUGAAAAAAGGAUCAGGUGGUUGUGCUCUUUGAGAGGAAGGGGAAGUCAAAUACCUGCUUUUAAAGCUCUUUUUUGAAAUGGGGUUUUCCUGACGAAAUCUUGCCUCUGAAGAUCCGGAAUAAACUGUUUUACAGGGGAUUUUUCUGUGAAGCCUCACUGCUUUUUAUUGGGACUGAUUGCAACUCUUCUCAUAGGGAGAAACAUUUUUCAGAGAAAAAUGUUUUCUUCUGAGGUCCCAGUUUAUUAAUUAAGUGAUAAAAGCCUCAGCCUUUGACUUUUUUGGAGCUGUUGCAUUUGCCUGACUCCUGGAGAGAAACAUGAAGAUCUUAAAGUGUGUUAGGAGUAAUGUUUCAUUUAGUAGAACUGCGUGGAAUUGGCACAUCCAGGAUCCAGCCAGCCAGAGGUUGACGUGGAACAAACCCCCCAAGAGUGUCCUUGUGAUCAAGAAGAUCCGUGAUGCCAGUUUGCUGCAGCCUUUCAAGGAGCUCUGUGUGUACCUGACCGAGGAGAACAAUAUGAUAGUGUACGUAGAAAAAAAGGUGUUGGAAGACCCUGCCAUAGCUAAUGAUGAGAAUUUUGGACCAGUGAAGAAGAAGUUUUGCACCUUCAGAGAAGAUUAUGAUGAUAUCUCCAAUCAGAUAGACUUUAUCAUUUGCCUGGGAGGAGAUGGGACCUUGCUUUAUGCUUCUUCACUUUUCCAGGGUAGUGUCCCUCCAGUUAUGGCUUUUCAUCUGGGAUCCCUUGGAUUUCUUACUCCAUUUAAUUUUGAGAAUUUUCAGUCCCAAGUCACUCAGGUUAUAGAAGGCAAUGCAGCCCUGGUUCUCAGGAGCAGGCUCAAGGUGAAGGUGGUGAAGGAGCACAGGGAGAAGCUGACGGUCCAGAACGGGAUCGAGGAGAACGGAGUCGUGUCUGCAAACCUGGAGAAAGAAGUGGGCAAGCAAAUUAUGCAAUAUCAGGUCCUGAACGAGGUCGUGGUGGAUCGUGGUCCUUCCUCCUACCUGUCCAACGUGGAUGUGUUUCUGAAUGGACACCUGAUAACCACGGUGCAGGGAGAUGGGGUCAUUGUGUCCACCCCCACGGGCAGCACGGCGUAUGCAGCUGCAGCAGGAGCCUCCAUGAUCCACCCCAACGUUCCUGCCAUCAUGAUCACCCCCAUCUGCCCACACUCCCUGUCCUUCAGGCCCAUCGUGGUUCCUGCUGGGGUGGAACUCAAGAUCAUGCUCUCCCCUGAUGCCAGGAACACAGCCUGGGUUUCCUUUGAUGGAAGGAAGAGGCAGGAAAUAUGCCAUGGAGACAGUAUUAGCAUCACUACCUCUUGCUACCCCCUUCCUUCCAUCUGCUUCCGAGACCCCGUGAGCGACUGGUUCGAGAGCCUGGCCGAGUGUCUGCACUGGAACGUGAGGAAGAAGCAGAACAACUUUGCUGUGGAGGAAGAAGAAUUUUGAGUGUCUGCAUCUCCCCAGACCCGUGGGAAUGGAGUGUGGCAGUAUCCCCUCUGUCUGCUUGGAUUUUGGAGCCUUUGGCUGCCAGCGUGGACCUGCACUGUGGUUGUGGUUUUCUAUCUGUGAGAUCCCCUGGCUGGGAAUUGUGUUACUGCUCCCUGUGCAACCAAGGGUAGGGAUGGAAGAAAUUGGGCUCUGGUUGUUGUAGUCCAGGGUGAAUUCCCUUUUGGAAACUGGAUUCUUUCUGAUUGAGAGCGACAGCCACAUCUGCAGCUUUGAUUGUAACCUCUCCCUUACCGAGGGCAUGAAUGUAGAUACACCCCAGGAGAGUGGCAUUAAAACAGCCUGGUUUAUUCAGUAUAUUUGUAAUUCCAUUGAACACUGCUACGAGUAUAAUGGCUCUAAGAAGUUUUCUUAAAAAAAAAAAACAAAAAACAACUCUCCUCUUUGUUAGCUUAAAUACAUCUGGCCCAGAAAACACUCUCUUACUCUCAGAUGUGACACGCUGAAGAAACACCCCUGGAGGAUGUUUUUUAUUGAUAGAUGGAACUAGCACAGAAAAGUAUCUAUUUUUUAUGUAUACAUUUCUGUCUCUUGUGCCCAUUUGAACAGUGGCUGACCUUUUGCUGUCAGCACUGUGGAAAUACCCACAAAUAUUAUUGGUUAUUGCAGCUAUCUCUGGGUUUGUAGCUGAGCUGCUUUUAGAGCUCUGCAGUUCCUGCUGCUGGGAAUCAUCCACGUGUUGUGUUUUUCUAAUUCUUUUUGUUUGAUUCCCUGGAAUAGCAUUAGAGACCACCAUGUUUUAAAAAAAAACCAAAAAAACAGUCCUCCAAGUGUUCAGGAAGAAUCUGGACUUCAAUUGCUACAACAUUGUCUAGUUCCACUAUUGUCUUGAGGAAAAUAUCCUGUAAUGCCCUCAACUUCCCUGGAUAUCCCUUCCAGCUCUUGGUGCUGAGUGAAACAGGAGGGGAUACUGCUCUGGUGGCUGGAGAACUGGAGAGGACACAUUCCCAGUGGAGUAGCAACGGUGCCUUCAGCGCUCAAGAUUAUUCUGAGUCUCGUGUUUUUCCUUUUCUAAGAUGCUUUCAGAGGUUUCUAACUUCUCUCUGUACAUAUUUUAUCGUCUGUGCUUUUUUCUGAAAGAACAAAAAACAAAAAAAAAAACCCAACGGAAGAACUGGUUGGGGGGGGAAAAAAAAUAAAAAAGGGUUUGCCCUGUACUUUACCUGAGAACCAGCAAACCCCAGGAUAAUGUUUACAUUUAUGUUCUCUGUGGUGCAGUCUCAUGAUCAUUAAUUACCCAAACUUUAGCAUUUUUCAGUCUUGCUGCAUCAGCUGGUGAAGGAGUGGGCAGGAGCUGUUGCAGUUGGAGUCUUGCAGUGGAAUUAGUUUCCUGGUUGAGGUGGGAUUUCCUUGGAAACGGAGUGAGGAGCUCUGGUGAACUUUCCCUGCUCGUCUUACAUGUUGUUUCUGUGGUCCAAAGUGGAGAUGGGAAGCGUGUUCAUUCCCAGCCCCUGCCUGGCCUCUUGUCCUCUGAUGGUCUGAAUAAUGUCUCAUCCAUUCUGGGUGCUGCCCUAGUCUGAGUUCAUUAAAUCCAGGUGAGAGCACUUUGCCAUAAAAGAGAAGCAAACUCUUGGUUCAAAUCACAGUGAAAGUGUGUUGGUAGAAACGAACACUCGGUUUGUAAAUGCUGUAAAAUAGAAUAUUGGUUUGAUUUGGUCUAAAGAGACGGAUUUUGUGGUACCUGGGACAAUAUCCAGGUAAGCUUUUGGGAUUUCUCUUUCACUUGAAUCUGCAGUAAUUGCUUUAUCACUGUUUUUGAAGCUGCUUACGGGUUUGCUGGGUGGAGUAUCCAGUUAUUUGAUAACUGUUUACUUUUUGAACUGUAGAAGUGUCAGGCUUUUUUGCUUUGAAACUAUUUUAUUUAAACAUGCAAUAAUUGAGAGAAGGAACAGGGUAUGGGGAAAUGUCUGGUGAGGUGGAAAAGGAGUGGAGUUCUAGGCACACUAGGAAGUGGGAAUCAUUUUGCAGAGGCAAGGUGAAAUGAUUUAUGAGCCUUAUCUAGUAUUUUUUUAAAGAUAAAACUAUAUUCAGCACUUUUUAUUUAUGCUUUUUAUAAUAGUAAAGCUAUUCUUGACUAAGUGGCCGGACUUUUGAUUUUCAGAGUGCACAGGUCAUGGAAUCUGUAAUCAAAGUGUACUGAACUACUUUAGAUCUACGUUAGGGGUUGGCUUUGAAUUUAUUCUUUCACUUUAUCACCUUCUGCAGCUGCACUGCUGGCUCUGAGGCUGCUGCAGGUUUGCUUGGGGAGCACUCCCUGCUGAGGAGGUUUUUGGGUGUCUGCUCAGCCAAGGCAGAGCUGCAUCACCCACCCGAGGCAGGGCUGACUUGGGGCUUGAUUUUUCCUUCCAGAAGCUGCCUUGAUCCCAGUGAUCCCAACUGCUCUGUGCCCAAGCACGGCCCAGGCUGUGCUCAGGCAUCUCAGACUUAUCUGAGUGUACAAAGUCCCUGGGCAAGGCUUUUAAUCCACGAGCUGUAAUUCCCAAACCGGAAUUCCCAAGCAGGAGAGGGAGGCUGAGCAGCAACUGGGGUUUUCAUGCUCAGCUGCUGUCACGUGGGUGAAUUUUUUGCUCAGAGCUGAACCAGAAAAAAAGAAAAAAAAACAAA